UUAUAGCAGAUGUGAUCUCAGUUAUAAUCAACUUCUACAGAAACAUAUCGGAAUUCACUAUAAAGCCUUUAAAUAAAUAGGUGUGUGAAUGCAACAUUUGAUUUAAAUUCAAAACAAAACGCUAUCAGAUCCGCCAGCCAUAUAGUGUUGUUCACGUGGCCAUGUCCGAUGAAGAAGACGAAGCGAUAACUAGUAAAGAGUACUUGAUCAAGUUCUUAGCGCUUGGUGAUUCUGGUGUGGGGAAGACAAGUCUACUUUACCAGUACACGGACAGUCGUUUCAACCCUCGUUUUGUUCCGACAAUUGGAAUCGACUUCCGAGAGAAAAGAGUGGUACACCAUCCUAUCAGUACAGAUGGAGUGCGUUCAACACGAGGACAGCGAAUUCACUUGCAGUUAUGGGACACGGCAGGUCAAGAACGGUUUAGAAGUCUAACUACAGCAUUCUUCCGUGAUGCCAUGGGAUUUCUUUUGGUAUUUGAUCUUACAAAUGAACAGUCCUUUGUAAAUAUCCGCAACUGGCUUAGUCAAUUACAGACUCAUGCCUACUGCGAGAAUCCUGAUAUCGUAUUGUUAGGGAACAAGGCUGAUUUGGAAGAACAAAGGGUCGUAGACGAAGGUGAAGCAAAAACACUGGCUGAAAAUCUUGGUUUGAAGUAUUUUGAAACAAGUGCGUCAACUGGACAAAAUGUUACAAAAUCAGUAGAAGCUUUACUUGAUCAGGUUAUGAUACGGAUGGAAAACUGCGUAGAUCAGGCAACCCUACCUAACAAUGUGUUCAAUAACAACCCCAACAGAGGACCUAAACUCAGAGAAGUAGAUGAGGCCAAUGAAGAAACAAGUAGCGGAUGUUCAUGUUGAUAACAUGUAAGAAGCCRCCACUCUAGCGCAGCAAUUAAGUUAUUUAUUAAUACUAGUAUUCAAUGCAUUAAAGUAAAAUUAAUCCAUUCAAUGUUAUGUYAAUAUUGUCUUAUAACUACAGCUGAUCUUAAAUUAUAGAGACCUUGAGCAUGACUUAUUUGCUAGUUAUGACAAACCACAAACCGCAGUUCGACGUCAGGCAUUUUCUGUCAAACUAUCUACAUUUAGCAAGGCAUCAUAAAAAAAUUGUUGCUGGAAGAGCUGCCACAGGGGCGGAUCCAGGGGAGGGGUGCAGGGGKUGCGCACCCUUCCCUGGUUACACUUUGUGCUCCUACUUUGAAGAUAACCAUAUUUUUUUUUGGCUUUGAUAAACUGUGGUAUACCUGGGUUAACAYUGUGGGCAGCACCCCUCCCUGAACAAAAUCCUGGAUCCGCCCCUGCGUCAUAUUGAAUUUCAUUGAUUGAGUGUUUCUCUGUGUUUGCGGGCAUAUUUCUGGGCCUGAUUMCUAGCGGUUUUAAGGUCUCUAAUGACAUAGAAAUGUCGUCACUGCAAGACUGAGUUUUCAUGAAGACAUGACAGCCAUUGCAAUUAAAAUAUUAAAAUGUUAUCAAGCUAUUAAGCUCUAAUUAACAAAGUUGUUUUUCCCAUUUGUUGGCCUGGGAACCUUCAAUUUCAUUUGGAAAAGUGACACAUUCAGUUUUGCAAAUUUUCUCAACGGGUAGAGAUUAACUUUAGUAUUUCUUUCCAAUAAUGAACUAAGUCAAAGAUCCUGUGUUUGCAGUCCUGUAAGAGACAAGUACUAUGAAAUAAGGGAAUAAUUCAGAAAACAAUAUUUCAUUCGCAUAUUGAGGAAAAUGACCAUUUGACACUAACAUUCCAAAACAAACACUUCAAAAAUACGUAACAAAUUUACUUGUGGAUCUUAAUUUAAGUAUUUUGUAGUUGUUGUUGUUGUUUUGAAAAAAUCAAACAACAAGCRUAGAAUGAAAUAAUUUAGUUCGAUACCCUGCGAGCAGCCAGCCCACGGAGGGUCAGAAAAAACCUCUGCUYGCAGGGUACUGUAUUUAGUUAGAUGAAUGUCUUAAAAAGGAAAGAAAAUAAUAAGGACUCAAGAAAGAGACUUUUACGCAACUAUUUAAAUGAAUAUACAAUCAUUAUAUAAAAAUUAAUAAUAUCCUGGAAUGAAUCAUACAUGUACCUCAUUGUGAAGUGAUUAUCUGCAAUGAAUAUUAGUAAGCCGCAAGUCUUCAAGCGGCGAGUUGAAUAUCACCAUAAUCACUGUCGAGCCUGAGUAUAAUUUAGUACUUGAAUAUUAGAGAAAAGACAACAUUCAAUAUUAAACUUGAUUAUUAUUA